AUGGGUCCGACUAUCAAGCUGAGCAGCGGCCACGAGAUGCCCCAGGUGGGUUUCGGUUUGUGGAAGGUCGACAACGCUACUGCUGCGGAUACUGUCUACAAUGCCAUCAAAACCGGUUACAGACUGUUCGAUGGCGCCUGCGAUUACGGCAACGAGAAAGAGUGUGGCGAGGGCGUGGCGCGCGCGAUCAAGGACGGUCUCGUGAAGCGGGAGGACCUCUUUAUCACAUCCAAACUAUGGCCCGUCUUCGAGGACGGCGAUAAGGUCGAGCCCGCUAUCCGACGCUCCCUCGCCGACUGGGGCCUCGAGUACUUCGACUUAUACCUGAUCCAUUUCCCCGGCGCACUCAAAUACGUUGACCCAGCCGUGCGAUAUCCCCCGGGAUGGCACUACGACGGCAAGUCCCAGAUCGUAAAAUCCAGCACGCCGUUACAUGUGACCUGGGCGUCCAUGGAAUCGUUAGUUGGAAAGGGCCUUGCGAAGUCGAUCGGUGUCUCCAACUUCCAGGCUCAGCUUCUUUACGACUUGCUGCGAUAUGCCAAGAUCCCCCCUGCCUCUCUACAGAUCGAGCAUCACCCAUUCCUGGUGCAGAAGGAACUUCUGAGUCUCGCUAAAGAGGAGGGCAUUGCUGUUACGGCCUAUUCAUCCUUCGGACCAGCCUCUUUCCUGGAGUUCGGCUUCAAGCACGCCCAGGCCCUAGUACCCUUAAUGAAGGAUGAUCUGAUCACAAGCCUGGCGACCAAGUACGGCAAGCAGCCGUCGCAAAUCCUAUUACGCUGGGCGACCCAGCGUGGACUCGCCGUGAUCCCCAAGACGGUUCGCCCCGAGGUCAUGGCACAGAACCUAGACUGCACUGGAUUCGAUCUCGAACAGGCCGAUAUCGACAGCAUCACCGACAAGGAUGCGGGUAUUCGUUUUAACCAGCCUUCAAACUACUUUACCACGGAGAAGAUGUGGAUCUUUGGUUAG